CUGGACAGCACACACUCACUGACAGACCAAGAGACAAGACACAAUAUAUCUCAAAGUCAAGAUCAAUCAUGAAGGUUCUCGUGGUUUUAGCCCUGGCUGUUUUCACAGGCUGCCAUGCCAACGUUCUGUGGCAGGACCCAGCCAAGCUGGACUUGGUGAAAGAUGCAUUCUGGGACUAUGUUGCCAAGGCGACCCUCACUGCUGAAGACACCCUGCAGAAGAUCAAGCAGUCUGAGCUGGGCCAGGAGUUCAACGCCAGGAUCUCUGAGAGUGCUGCUGCUGUCAACCAGUACAGUGUGGCCCUGCAGGGUCAGGUGACCCCCCUGACUCAGGAUCUGCUGGCUAAGCUCACCCAGGAGGCUGAGCUGCUGAAGGGCCGCCUGGAGCAGGACAUGAUCACCAUGAGGGCCCAGCUGCAGCCCUACGCCGUGGAGCUGAGCACUGACAUCCAGAGGCAGGUGGAGGAGCUGAAGAAGGAGGUGGCAGCCUACGCAGAGGGAGUGGACUCUGAGAAACUGAAGGCCAGCCUGCUGCAGAAGAGCGACGAGCUGAAGGAGAGCCUGGAGAAGAGCGUGACGGAGCUGCAGUCUCUGCUGGUUCCCCAGACAGACGAGCUGAAGCAGAAGAUGGAGCAGAACCUGGAGGCCUUCCAGCACAGCAUCGCUCCUCUGACCCAGAGCUUCCAGACCCAGCUGGCCCAGAAGACCCAGGAGAUCCAGCAAAGUCUGGCUCCCUACGGAGUGCAGUUGGAGAAGCUGGAGGUCAACGCCCAGGACCUGAAAGUCCAGCUGGCCUCGCUCUGGGAGUCCUUCACCAAGGGCAGCCAGUAAACACAGUUGCUGGAACUGGACACGAGUUCUCAUUUCAAGUUUUUCAUCAUACAUACAGCCUAAAAUGCUGCUGUUGGACUGAGGAUGUCAUUGUAGAGUUAAAAAGUGCAACAUUACACAUAUGUUUGCAUUACAUUAUCUAGUGUACCUGGACAAGUGGUUAAGAACCAGAACUUCUCCACAUCCUCCCAUACAAGAUAAAUCAAAUGAAACAGCUGUCAACCCAAACCUCAACUCCUUCAAUUUACUCACCUAUCCAGUAUUUAUGUGCAUAAAUAUACAUAUUUCAACUCUAAUGUCAAGUGUUUGUCAAUUUCAUGUAUUCAACCCUGGGCAUUAAAGAUGACAAUGAUUUUUAUAAGAAAUGGCAUUUAUUAUUUUUCCAAUAGAUAUAUACAGGUAAUAUAUAUCGUUUAAUAUAUAUAUAUUGACCAUUAGAAGAUGACAAAUAAAAGACAAACAGCUUGAAAACCACGACAUUCUCCCUGGCUCUCAUCACAUAACUGAACCAACCGAAGAAACUGCACAAACUUUGUCAUUCACUUCAUGCCAAGACAAACCAUACAGUACAAAACAGUGUGGAAUAAAA